AUCAAGAUUUCUAGGAUCUAGAUCUAGUCUAACUCUAACACUAACUCUAAGUCUAGAUCAGAGAUCAGAAGAUCCAGACACUCUAAGAAAUUAAAUUAGAUCUAUAUCUAGAUUCUAGAUGGAUCAUGGAUGGAUUCAAAUUCAUUCAAGGAUUCCAAUAAAACUCUUUCAACUUCAAUAAUUCUAGAUCGAAUGUUGUAGAUCUACUGUAGACUACUCACUCAGUCAGUUGAGUUCAGAUGUUUAAGCAGGAUAUUGAAUUGGUUGUGACUGUGAAGUUUUUACCACUAUGUCGAAAUCUAAACUUUCAAAUCUUCUGAAAGGCAAAAGUGUUCCAAAUAUUAGUGCAUAUGCCUCACCAUGGACAAAACAGGAUAAAGAUUUAAUGAAAGCAGUUGAGCUAGGAAAUGUUAAAAAAGUUGCUACUUUGUUGUUCAAAAAGGCCAUUAUCACUACAAAACUUGGACCAAAAGGAAAAUCUGUAUUCCACUGUGCAUGUGAAAUUGGAAAUAAACAAGUUGUUGAUUUAAUUUUAUCUAAAACUCAAGAUGUCAAUGACACAACUUGUCAAGGUAUCACAGCAUUACAGUCUGCUUCAGCUAGAGGUCAUGCCUACACAGUGGAAAAGCUUUUACAGCAACAUGCAAGUGUAGACCAACGAGAUAGCAAUGAUAUGACAGCACUACACCAUGCAUGUGCGGGACAAUAUUUAGACUGUAUACGUAUUAUAUUGCAUGCUAAUGCAAAUGUACAGCUUGUAGAUCAGGGUGGAAAAACACCACUUCAUUACUCUGCUCACAAAGGGGGUCCAAACUGUGUACAAAUCUGCAAGUGGCUACUAGAAAGAGGUGCAAUUGUUGACUCGCAAGAUAAAGAUAAAGUUACACCCCUUAUGCUAGCUGCAAAAGAAGGACAUAAAGAAGUUUGUGAUUUUUUACUCAGACGUGGAGCAAACCCACAGCUCAAAGAUAAAGAAGGUUUUGUAGCUUUGGAACUUGGCUUAAAAAAAGGUCAUAAAGAACUUGAAGAUGUUUUUGAAAAAGCUUCAUUGAGGUCUUUUGAAAGUAAUUCUGAAAGAGGCAGUUUAACUUCUCCUAGUGAGUCAGGCUCUAUGCUGCAGGAUCAUGCAGAUUCAAUAAAUAUGUUACCUCUGCUACGCAGUCACACGGGAAGAGGUAUAAUGAGCAAUCAUGAGAAUGUUAGUCGAACAGAUAUUCAUUCACUGCAUUCAUUUCAUUCAAUGGAUGAUGCUUUAUUAUCAAAUCAAAGAGACUCUCCUGAUCAAAGCUACAAGGAAUUGAAGGAGGAACACGAACAGCUGAAUAAUGAUUACAGUACUUUGUCGAUUGAGAAUCUUCGACUCAAGGAUAAAGUGGAAUCAUUGCAACAGAAACUUGCAGAGAAAAGGCUGCAGGAAACUCAUUUGAUAAACACAUUGAAAGAACAGUUGCUAGCUGAGCAAAAAAAAGUGGAAUUGCUAGAGAGUUUAGUGAGGAAUCAAGAUUUGCAGGGACCAAACAGACUAAAAGAAACUACAGAAGACAUCAAAAUGAUUGAAAGUGUUGAAGAAGAUGAUACUGAUUUCUUAGAUAAAACACAAGUGAAUGAAGAGAAAAUAAAUCUGAAUGAAAGUCAUGACUCUGAGAAUGAGUCAUCCCUUAAUGUAUUAAAAGACAUUUCUGCAAGCAGUUAUCAUGAAGACAGUUCACUGUAUCAGCAACAGAUACUUAGCUUUAAAGAAGAAAUUUCUCAUCUCCAAGCAGAAUUAACACUGUUGAAACAAGAUAAAAACAACGAUGAUAAAUCCUUGAGUGCAGAAUUUAUGAGUAAAAACACAGCCCUUGCUACAGAGGUUGCCAUGCUUCAACAGGAGGUCACAUCUCUUCAGACUGCUUUGGAAGUUCUGCAAGCAGAAGUCCCAACAGAAGCCCAAAGGCUAGAUGCUGUGUUGGAGUCCAGCAGAAACUUUGAAGAGGUAAAUUUUGAUGAAGAAGGUUUUGUAGAGGGUAGGGACGUGACUAAAGAAGAAUUCCUGCAAGGUCAAAACCAACAGCUGAGAGCUCAAUGUAAUCUUCUUACUUCAGAGCUGGAGAAACUUCGGGCAACUUUUGAUGCCAUUCUAAAGGCAGGGGACAAUCUUCAAGUUGAUUAUGACCAGUUAGCUAUUGAGAAAGAUGCUUUGCAAGAUGAUUUAGAGGCUGCUCUAAAGGAAAAAACAGCUAUUGCCACUGAAAAUGAAUAUUUGCUCAAUGACACCAAAGAACUUCAUGAAAACCUAAACAGGCUGGUCCAUGAACUAGAGAAAAUUCAAGAAAAGUACACAGCAACAUUGGCUGAGAAUGAGGAACUGAAGCGUAGUGUAACUAUUGCCACAAAAGUUGGCGAAGUUGCUCGGCUACUUGAAGAAAGAGAUACUCUAAUGCUAAGGUGUAAAGAGUUUGAGGAGACAACAGAGAGGUUACAGCAUGACCAUGGAAUACUAUUGGAGGAAGUCCAAAGUUUAAAUGAUAUAGUUACUCAGAUGACAACAGAACGUGAUCAGAUGGCCUUGGAGAUAGAAGAAUUGUGCCAAAAUAACCAAGAUAUAAAUCAGCUUGAGUAUGAUUAUGAAGAGUUGCUUAAAGAAAACCUCAAGCUACAGGAGAUCAUGCAUUCAGCUGAUAGGCAGAAUACAGCCCAAACAUCAGUGCAACAUGGGAGCCACAACUUGAGUGAAUAUAUCAUCAAACAGGAUGGAGAGAGAAGCCAAGCUGGGCCUCCAGCUUUAGAACAUGACUUGAGUGAAUAUAUCAUCAAACAGGAUGGAGAGAGAAGCCAAGCUAAGUCUCUAGCUUUAGAACAUGACUUGAGUGAAUAUAUCAUCAAACAAGAUGGAGAGAGAAGCCAAGCUAAGCCUCCAGCUUUAGAACAUGACUUGAGUGAAUAUAUCAUCAAACAAGAUGGAGAGAGAAGCCAAGCUAAGCCUCCAGCUUUAGAACAUGACUUGAGUGAAUAUAUCAUCAAACAAGAUGGAGAGAGAAGCCAAGCUAAGCCUCCAGCUUUAGAACAUGACUUGAGUGAAUAUAUCAUCAAACAAGAUGGAGAGAGAAGCCAAGCUAAGCCUCCAGCUUUAGAAUCCACUGAGCAACAUGCAAGAGAAGUUGAGAAGUUGAAACAAGAAGUAAGCCUAUUAUUAAUACAAAAAGAAGAAUUAGAAACUGAACUGAAGUUUUUAAAAGCCAGCCAAACCUGUGUGCCAAAGUUGAAAGAAAAGGAAUUAGAUUUGAUGAUAAAAGAUGAAGAUAUCCACUUAACUGAUCAGUUGGAGCAAGCCUAUAGCCAGAUCUUGAAGGAAAGAGAUCAACUCAUUAUUCAGCUACAGCAGAGCAACAUGAAAGGGAAGGAGAUGCAAAAUGUGAACCAGUUGAGGAAAAUGGAGCAAGAUUACAAUAAACUUUUAGAAGAAAAGAUUGAGAUAGAGUUAAAACUUGCAGACCAGAUUGACAUAAGUAAAAGGACAGUAGACAAGGUAAAGUUCCAGCAGCUUGAAGAAGAUUACAAGAACUUGUUGGAUGAGAAAUCUGAAUUAGAAUCCCACUUAAUGGAUCUCAGUGAAAAAACUGAUAUGGCCAUCAAGGUGGAUCAUAGAAAGCUUGCUGAGGAAAAUGCUGAGCUCAAGUCAAAGCUUGAACAAUACAGCCAGGGUCAAUCAGAAGAUAAGAAAUUCCAACAAUUAGAAGAGGACUACAGGACUGUAAUGAAAGAGAAAGAAGACUUGGAUGUAAAGCUGAGAGAAAGUUCUGAGCAAAUGAAAACUGAAGGAGAAUACUAUAUGCAGCUAAAACAAUUAGAGAUUGAUUUUGUUGAAUUGUUGGGAGAGAAAGAAGCUCUGGAGUUAGAGUUAAAGAAUCAACGAGUUCAUUUAGAAAAGAUUGAGUAUGAUUACACAGGAUUAGUUAGUGAGAAUCAGGAACUUAAAGAAAGAAUUGAAAGCCAAAACAGCUCAGAAGAAUCAGGCCGGAGCAAACAUCUGGAGCAUGAAAUCCACUUGCUACUGAAAGAGAAGGAGGUUCUGGAGCAUCAGCUGACCACAGAUCAUGCCAAGCUACAGCAGGCUGAGCAUGAUCUGGGGGAGGUUUUGAAUGAAAAGGAGAUGAUGGAGCAGCAACUAACCAAUGACCAACAGAAGGUGCAGCAGUUAGAGCAAGAGGUAGCAGCUCUCUUAAGGGAAAGAGAAUCUUCAAAACAGCAAAAUAUAGGUGAAAAUAACGCGAGUAUGAAUGAACAGGAAUAUGUUAAACUUGAAGAAGAGCUGAAGGACCUACAGGAGGAGAAAGAACAGAUGGAGAUAGUCAUUCAUGGCUUGUCUAGGCACAAUGUAGCCAUAGAGAAAAAGGUAGAAGAUCUGAAAAAAGCUUUGGCAUCAGAGUUGGCAUCAAUGGCCAACCUAAAAGAAAAGCAUCAAGCUUUAGUUAAAGACAAAAAUAGCCAGGAUGAAGAAAUGCAGAACCUGCAAGAUGAAAUUUUCAGACUUAAAACAACAAUUUCUAAACUUAAAGCUCAAAUAAUUGAUUGGGAGAAAAAGCAUGCUGACACUGUAACUACAUAUAGAACACAUUUACUAAGUGCUGUUCAGGGCCACAUGGACCCUGAUGUGAAAAAUGCAUUGUAUCACAUUAUAGAAAUACGAACUGAAUUCGAUGACUAGAGCAGCUCAUGUGGCAAGACCAGAGAUUUACAGACAGUUAGUUUUAGACUAGAUUACAAAACUAAGCUUUUAUAUUCAUUAGUUUGAUGUACUUUUACUUGCUCUCUUCUUUAGCUCUUGUUAGCCACAGUUGUCUUAAAAGUUAACACUAAAACAGGUCAAAGAUGAAGGGCUAAAUAAUAGCUCAUUAGGUUUAAUUGUUAACAUUAAUUCUAAAAGCUAUAUUUGAGAUAUAUUUAUACAGAAUAACAUAUACCAUUUUUUAAUGAUUUAUAUCAGAAUUGUCAAAAUUUGCUCCAUCAAUUUUCUUUUGAUAACUUGUUCAUACAGAUUUUGUUAAACACAUUUUUGUAAAACACAUUUUUGUAAAACACAUUUUUGUUAGGUUAUGCCUUCAUUUAUUUUUGUAAAACAAUCCAAAGCACCAUUUUUAAACAGCAUCAUUUUUUUUUUAUGUUGACCCAGGCUUUGUUACUGCUGAUCCCCACUUUAGUUUAUUGGUAAACUGAAUGUCACCUGCUAACUCAACUGCUGAUCCCCACUUUAGUUUAUUGGUAAACUGAAUGUCACCUGCUAACUCAACUGCUGAUCCCCACUUUAGUUUAUUGGUAAACUGAAUGUCACCUGCUAACUCAACUGCUGAUCCCCACUUUAGUUUAUUGGUAAACUGAAUGUCACCUGCUAACUCAACUGCUGAUCCCCACUUUAGUUUAUUGGUAAACUGAAUGUCACCUGCUAACUCAACUGCUGAUCCCCACUUUAGUUUAUUGGUAAACUGAAUGUCACCUGCUAACUCAACUGCUGAUCCCCACUUUAGUUUAUUGGUAAACUGAAUGUCACCUGCUAACUCAACUGCUGAUCCCCACUUUAGUUUAUUGGUAAACUGAAUGUCACCUGCUAACUCAACUGCUGAUCCCCACUUUAGUUUAUUGGUAAACUGAAUGUCACCUGCUAACUCAACUGCUGAUCCCCACUGUAGUUUAUUGGUAAACUGAAUGUCACCUGCUAACUCAACUGCGUUAGUGAAUCUCACUGUUUUUCAAACAGUUAUUUAUUUUGAUAGAUUCAAUUUUUUUACCUAAUGUACAAACAAAUUGGACAGCUUAUAAAGCAAUUCUUAUCUUGAUUGAAACACAUUAUUUAACUGAAUCAAAAUAUUUAGGUAUACAAAUUCUUUGAUAUAUUUUAUUUGAACUAAGUACAUUAUUACUAUGUACAUUGUUGUGGAAACUUCUUGUGCUUCCAAAAUACAAAUAAUACAUUAUUAUUAUGAUUUAGUAUUUUUGUUAAAUCAACUAUAUUAUUGUUACAGUAUUUGAACAUAUGUGAUUAGAAGAGAUUUCCAAAUGAUGAAAGAUUUAGGGGUAAUUGUUAAAAAUGAAAUGAAAGUAUUUGUUACACAUUUGCCAAUCAUUUAUUUUCAUUUAAAUAUCUAGAAAAUGUGAAGAGCUUUCAUAUUCAUUGAUGAAAAAUAUGUAUGAACAUGCACAAAAAGAAUCAAACAACUACAAAUGUUACUAACCUACAGCAAGGCUUUAUUGAUUGUGCUGUUGCUUUUUUUUUAUUUUUCUCAAAUGAUUGCAUAAUGAGCUAUUGAGCAUAUGAUAUUGCUGUUGGUUUGUGCAGCAUAGUAUGAUGACAUCUCCUGAUCUAGUGUUCCUCAUUUUGAGUUCAAUUAGGGGAGGAUACUGGAAGCCUUGUUGUCUACAUACUUGCAUAAUGGCUCUGCUAAAAGUUUAAUCUCUUGUAAAAAUAUGUCUUGCUACUGUCAAUAGUGUUUUAUUUAUAUUACACUGUUUUCUUCAUUACUAUGGUACCUCAAAUUGUGUGAAUUUGGUCAAUUACUGUGAUUUUUAUAUUUUUUAUUGUGUUAGUUAUGUGUAUGAAGCAAAUGAUUAUUCAACAUAAUUACCAUGUAACAUCAUUUAUCAAAAGACAUUUCCACACAUUUCCACAUAUCUCUACCUUCUAUGGUACCCUUUGUCUGUUUGUGUAAUGAAAUAGGUAUGCUGUCUUCUGGUAAAAGUAUUUGAAAAUUACUUUUUAUUUACAGUUUCUGAGAGUAGUUAUUUAACCUAUUAAUCGACUGCAGCUUUUUAUUCAUUCUUUUAACACUAAGCAUCUCAAGAAUUUUUAAAAUACUUUUAUUGUUCAUAAUAACUUUUUCUCAGUUCUUAUGUCUGAGAGGUCUGUGAAUUACAUGGCAGUGUUUGGGUGAUAAAGCCUAAAUAUGGAUAUGCAACCAAAUGAUGAUCCAAAAAUAAUUAUAUAAUGACUCCUAGAUUUGAAUGAAUAUGAUACAAGCAAGAGAUGUAAAUAUCUUUUUUUUGGUGUAAAUUUUGUAAAGGGCCAGCCACUGUUCAUCUUCAUUCAUGCUUCCUUGAGGCAAUCAUACCCCCCCUCCUCUCCCACUAACAUAGUCUGGGUAAUAAAGACAUCUCCUAGAAUUGUUUUUUUUCCCCAACUUGAUGCAAAAAAAAAGUGAAGACACAGACAGAUGGUUUUGAAUUGAACAAGUUUAGAAUUUUUAAUGGGAAGAAUAUUGGUCAAGCUAAAGUGCAUUUUGUGUGUUAUAAAAAAUCUUCUGUAAAUACUUGUUACUCCAACUUUUUAUACUAUUGGCCUUAAAAAAUUUGCCACAAUAAAUACUUGUUAUAAACCCAACUUUUUAUACUAUAGGCCUUAAGGGGAUAUGUGCCGAAAAAAAUCACCAAAUUUCUGGUUUUUUGUCAUGAUGGGUUUCUUACACUUUUGGAUGCUUUGUCCAUUUUUGUUUUAAGAAAAUAAUAACUUAAUGAGAGGAAAAAAUUUAUGUGUUUAAAAUACCAUUUUUAUGACCCUAUUAAUUAAAAAAUAAUCAAUUUUUCCCAACCUUACAAGCUUUCUAUGAAAAGUUUUAUAUCCAUCAUCAUAUUGUAUUCGGCGUUAUGGGAAAGCUGGAUUUCUCAUGUAUUUGAUAAUCUUAAUUUCCAUCAUCUCGGAAACGCCCAAAGCUUACAAUAGGCUUUGCAGUUUACACAGAUAUGGUAUUUUUGUGACCUACUUUUAGAUGCUUUUGGCUGUUUUUCUCAGUUUGCAGGUUUUUAGCACUAAAAAGCCUACUACUUUUUUAUUUAUCAAACAAUGCACACCAUAUUUUCAGUAAUUGUUCUUCAUGUAAAAAUACAAAUUUGUCACGAGGGAAUAGUGAUGGCUUUCAUAGAAAAAAAGUAUAUGGUAAAUGAUCUGCAAAUUUUGUAACUUUUGAAUACUAAAAGGGUACGAUUUUUUAGACCUUGUAAAAUUCUUAUUAUUAGCUAUUUCACAAAGUUGUUAUGACAAGUUUUAAUAUAUACUGAAAUAUAAGGCAUUUAAAUUUGAUUGCAAUAAGUGCAUAAAUAAAAAAGCCUUAGCAUUUUUACAGAAAAAUUCAAAAUGGCGGAGGUUUUUUUUUGGGUUUCCGUGACAACCAAAAUUGUUUUAAACCUUUUUUGCUGUUUAAUAGUUACUUCCAUGUGCCAAACGUGGUAUAAGUAUUCAAAAGGCUUUAGAUCUUAAAUUGUAAAAAAUAGAAAAAAACGGAACAUAUCCCCUAAAUAAUAUGUAAGAGAAAUACUUGUUAUUAAGCUUUUUAUUCUACUGACUUUAAAUUAUUUGCCUCAAUAAAUAUUUUUGUACUUAUUGUGAACAAAAGCUUGUUGUGAACUAAGAUGUUUAUCUGAAUCUAAUUUUUUUAAAAAUAACAGUACUUAUGCAGAUAUUCAAUCAGGCAAAAUAAUGUUUUAUGACAGUGCCCGAAAUGCUUUUAGUAAUUAUAGAAUACUAGACAGUACUUUCAAAUGUUUAUUACAUUUUAAAUAUUAGAAAAGUGUGUUUUUAGUGUUUCUGUGUGUUAGAAUUCUAUUAAAACAUAUAUUUUUGAGCUUUAAUGGUAAUUCCCAAAAAUUAUUAAUUUUUUUUUUGUAAUUACAUGGUGCUAAGAAAAAAGCAAAUUAUUAAAAUUUAUUUUGCUUUUUUUCCCCCCCAAAUAUUGUUUGGAUACCUAAAAUAUUACUAACCAAAAAUAGGAUGACUUUGUACAAAAGUGACCAAAAAAGCACAGUUUUUAUGAAAGCAGACAAAAAAAUGUAACUCACCUUUGAGGAUCCAAUCUAUAUGAUGCCGGUACAUGAAGAACUGCUGAAUAAAAUCAGAAGUUUUUUGUAAUCAGCUAUUGACUUGCCACACUUUCCUUGUUCAAUAUGAAUAAUUUUUUCUGUUCAUUUGCUACAAUUUUUACUUAAGGUAUAAAAAAUAGCUGUUGUGAUAUACUUUUAAUCAUUCCAACUUGCCUUGUCUUUCUAACAAUUAUUGUUUAAAUGUUUUAAAAAAAGCUCCACUUUAUUCUGAAGUUUUAUACUGAAUAAGACUUACACUUCAAAAUGGAUGUUGAUUAAAUACUUUUUUUAGUAUUGCACAAAAAUUUUCUUUGUAAAUUUACAACUGUCAAACACGAUAAUUAAAAAAAAUAAAAAUGUAAGAACUGCC